AUGGGUCACUGGAUUUUAUCGAACAUACCAUGGAGGUCUUUGCUAGUGUAUGUUGCAAUUCUUCGCUUUAAGCGACUUAACAACGAAGUGUAUAUUCAAUUAGGACAUACUUUUUUUAUAUUUUAUGUUUUGUAUAUUUUUACCAGUCUUCAUCACAAGUUUGAAGCAAUUAUUAGAAAUAUUAUUAUACCAGAAUUCAUAGAUAAAAGACCAUUUAGAGAGAUUAAUUCUACAAGGAGAGAAGUGAUCUUAAAAGAAAUUUUAGCUAAUGUUAACAAUUCUGUUAACUUUAGAUUGGGGACGAAUUAUUCAUUUACAGAUACUAUUGAUUUAGUGAUGAAAUAUAAUGAGUGCAUGAGCACAUUUGUACGUGGGUUUGAAAAUGCUUGUGAGGAAUUACCAGACAAGGAGAUUAAAGGGUGGGAUAAAAUUAUGUUAGUGGCCAAGAACAUGGAAGAAGAAGAUAUGGAAUAUGCUAUAAACACCGCUUAUUCGAAUGAUCUUAUACAAAAAUACUGCAGACGAACUUCUGCCCCUAAUUCCGUCUUAAAUGAACGAAUGGAUGUCAUACUGAAGAGUGGUCUGGGCCACAACAAGCCAUCAUAG